AUGAUGGAUGCAGGUGGUGGAACGAAAGCAAGGGCGCCAGAACCUCCCCUCAGAACUGGAAAAAGCAAAAGCUGCAAGCGGCCGCCACCUCUCGCAUCAGACUCUGAGGACAACGUGGAGGUUAGCCAACCUCAGCGGUUAAAGAAGAGGGCUCGUGUCAGUGUUGAACCGUCAGAUAUUGAUUCGGACACUGCUAGCAAGCAGAGUGUCUCUGAUAGAGCUUCCAGCUCCGAAAUUGAAAUGUCGGACUCAGGAUCAGAGCCAGUCAAGAGCAUCGCAAAAGCUCUGUUUGAAGAGGUUCCUGCAAUUACCUCAGAAGACCUUUCCAUCCUCGAAAUCAAACCUGAGCCCGAUGUGCCCCCACAUGCUGACACCAUGGCUGAUCUUGUCUACACAAAGACUGGGUCAGUGCGACUUAUGGACCAGAACACGGAGCUUCGCAAGGUGAUCCAUCAUGGUAUCCUCGAGGUCAAGGCAUACAUUGCCUUCAAGCACGGGUACCCUGAAAUUGUGGCCAAGAACUCAUAUGCGCGGGAAAUCUUACUUCAGGCUGCGAAGCACCACAAGACAGCGCCAAUUGAGAAACGGAUGUAUGUUGAUGAUGAGUAUUUGUCGGCACUCGCCAAUCUAAUUGAUGCUUGUGUGAGCCUCUUCCGCACUGAAAUCAAGGACGUCGCCUAUAAAUAUGCCCCAGGCUACUUUCGACUCGGCCAUGACUGCAAUGCUAUCGUUGACCGUCUCCUUGCAGGUCAUUCCUACAUUUUUCCGCAGACAUUUGAUAAGCCAUAUCAAGGGCAGCCCAUAGUCGACACUCUAUACGAGACAUUCUUCAAAAACACGAAGUCAGUUGGUUUGCAGUUUGCUCAGCACUUUCUUGACAUUGCGGAGAACAAAACUGGUCGACCAGAAAUCCAUAUCCCCAUGUUGGCCAUGGUCAGCACAGCUAUCCAUGCUGUUCUCGUUGCAAAGAAGAACAAGGCAGGUGAAGAUUUCAAGUUCACUGGUAACCAAUUCUGUGAUAUCUAUACAUACCACGUGGCGUUGUUGGAGAGAAUCCGAAAGACGGCUCCUGUCAAGUUUCACAAAAUGAUGGCUGAUAUUUACGAGGAGGUCCAGCAUUUACAUCGUGACACAAUUGGAGUCUAUGACAAAGAUACCAAUCUAGCAUUCUUGGACCUUGAGGGAAUGGAUGACGAGUAG